AUGGAGAGGAGUGUGUUGACCCAAGAGAUGCUCAGGAGGAAGAAUUACCCAGACUCGGUGACUGACAGAUGUGGCCGGGGAUACGAGCAGAGCUUCCCUGGGAGCGGGCUGGUCUCCGGUGAAGCGGCUCUGCUGCUCGGGCAGUCCCUUCUGCUGACAGCACCACCAGUGCUGGGGAGAAGAGUCAUCCUUCGAGGGGUGUCUGGGGGGUCCACAUCCAUGUAUCCCACAGGAAACUUCCAGUUCGGGGAAGAACUGGAAAAAGAGGGAGAGAAGGACAAGAGAAACUGCACACUUAGUUUUCUUAAGGAAUUUCUUUGUGGACUUGGAGUGUGUGACUCCCACAUCCUUUACAUUUUCACCUCCUUUUCCUUACCAGGAAAUAGCACCCAAUGUGUUGUGUCACCAUCAUCAGAGUUUCCUGAAGGGUUUUUCACAAAACAGGAGGUCGCAGAUGGAGGCGUCAUUAUCUACUUCCUAAUUAUCCUGUACAUGUUCAUGGCCGUGUCUAUUGUCUGUGACGGGUACUUCCUGCCCUCCUUGGAAAUCAUCAGUGAGUCCUUUGGAUUGUCUCAGGAUGUUGCAGGUGCAACUUUCAUGGCAGCCGGUAGCUCAGCUCCUGAACUAGUUACUGCUUUCCUAGGUGUAUUUAUUACAAAGGGUGACAUUGGCAUUAGCACAAUUCUUGGAUCUGCAAUUUAUAAUCUCCUUGGCAUCUGUGCAGCCUGUGGCUUACUGUCUAAUGUGGUUUCAACGCUAUCAUGUUGGCCCCUAUUCAGAGACUGUGCGGCAUAUGCGAUUAGCGUAGCGGCAGUUCUUGCCAUAAUAUUUGACAACCAAGUUUACUGGUAUGAAGGAACUUCACUACUUUUGAUAUACGGAUUAUAUGUUUUGGUGCUGUGUUUUGACAUUAAAAUUAAUCAAUAUAUUAUAAAGAAAUGCAGUCCUUGCUGUACCUGUCUCGCCAAAGCUAUGGAAGAGAGAAGUGAACAGCAGCCACUGAUGGGAUGGGAAGAUGAGGAUCAACCAUUCAUCCGUCGGCAAUCAAGAACCGACAGUGGAAUAUUUCACGAAGAUUCUGGCUACUCCCAGCUUUCUGUAAGCGUACAUGGUCUUAAUCAGGUUUCUGAAGAUCCACCAAGUGUUUUCAACAUGCCUGAAGCAGACUUAAAAAGAAUUUUUUGGGUACUAUCCCUUCCGAUUAUUACACUACUUUUUCUAACCACACCAGAUUGUAGAAGAAAGUUUUGGAAAAAUUAUUUUGUGAUAACCUUUUUCAUGUCAGCAUUGUGGAUAUCCGCAUUCACAUAUGUCCUAGUUUGGAUGGUCACAAUAACUGGGGAAACAUUAGAAAUUCCAGAUACAGUAAUGGGCCUUACUUUAUUAGCAGCAGGAACAAGCAUACCAGACACAAUCGCAAGUGUGCUGGUUGCAAGAAAAGGCAAAGGAGAUAUGGCUAUGUCUAACAUCGUGGGAUCCAAUGUGUUUGAUAUGCUGUGCCUAGGCAUUCCGUGGUUUAUUAAAACUGCAUUUGUAAAUGCAUCAGCUCCUGUAGAAGUGAACAGUGGAGGACUAACUUACAUAACUAUCUUUCUCAACAUUUCAAUUAUUUUACUUUUCUUAGCAGUUCAUCUCAAUGGCUGGAAACUAGACAGAAAGUUGGGGGCAGUCUGCCUGUUGUUAUACUUGGGGCUUGCUACAUUAUCAGUUCUUUAUGAACUUGGAAUCAUUGGAAAUAAUAAAACAAGGGGCUGUGGAGGUUAA